AUGCCCUACAACACUACUCAUGAGAGUGUAAAGUCCACUAUAUUCUCCGAGAGCGGCGCUCGUCUAGCUUUCAAGCUCGGCGUCGCUCACUCACACCAACUGCUCCCGAAACAUCUUCUCGACAAAUGGAUCAAGUUCCUAGCCGAAGAUCUAGCAAGCGUCCACUUUGGAGAUAUCUUGCUUGAAGCCAACUAUCGAGAUAUCAAUAUCAUGUUACGAGAGCUGAGACGGUUUGUGGAUGGACCAAAGGGGCCAAGCACCGAGCAGAUUGAAGACGCGGAACGAGGUAAAUACAUACAAUGGAGAAAUUGAGAGAAGGUCGUAAUAAUGACUAGUUUGUGGUAGCGGCGCCCAAUCCCAAGGACUGGAAACCACCGUUCCCGGAGAAGGCAAACUUUGAUGUUUGGAAGUUUGAGGUCAGACAAGGCAAAAAAACAUUUGAACCAAAGGAGAAGAUUCUGAAGACAGACAAAAGUCCAGCAUCAUAUGAGGUGGAUUCUGAUGCUGGAGCAUGA